UUCUUUCCCCUGAUACCAGAAGGACAACGGAACCAAGGGCUUUUCCGUAACGCUGUACAAAAUAGUGAAAUACUGAGUUUAUUAUUAAGUUGAAGUAACAGACAAGCAUCACCAUGGGUAUGCACUGGGGAGAACUGAAUAAAAAUAUCAGGGGCAUAAUAACAUACAGCCUCUCACCGUACGAGCAGAAAGCAUUUGCUGGAGCUAUAUCAAAGGGAGUUCCCAACAUGUUUCGCAGAGUUAAAGGACAGAUUUUUAGAGUUGCACCACCUUUUGUGGGAGCCUAUUUAAUUUAUGAUUGGGCCAAGAAAGAACAUGCAAGACUGCAGCGCAAAGACCCAGCUGAAUUUGCCAAUGAUGAAUAAAUAUUGUUACUUGAUAGACUUGCUUUGAACAUUUACAUUACCUGUUUUGUGAAUGGUGUGUGUAUGCCAUUUGCUUUAUUUAGGUGUCUGAAAUCGUUUAAUAAAAACUAAUUUAUGAAACAUGAA